AUGGGAUUUUAUCCGAAAGCUCGGCAGCCGCGACUCGGGAUCAACCACCCGUCGGUUCGGCCUAUUCGACUGGCCGUACUAAAAGGUGCAAGCAUCAACCUCCUGAUCUUGCAGCUUCUGUUCCUGGGGCUCUUUUGCUAUAUUUUCGGAUCGCUAUUUCAACAGACGACACAUGUUGAUAACAUCAACAUCCUUUUCGUCGAUUAUGAUGGUGCCGCAAUUGGCACAGCUGUUCGUGAUGCCUAUCAGAAACUCAAAGGCCCGGGGUUUCCAACACUGAUUGAGCAAUCCACUCUUGCAUUCCCCCAGCCUGAUCUCACCAUCGAGGCUAUCUGCAAUAUCAAAUACUGGGCAGCACUUUACACCACAGCCAAUGCAACGGACCACUUACUCGCCGCGCUAGGGGAGGCUCAGCCGCCUCCUCAUACAACUCAAGCAAUGUCCUUACAAUGGUGUGGAAUGAAGCGCGCUACCCGACUCCUGAAAACAUUAUCACAAGCUGCACGGGUGGUUUACUUCGAAGAAGGCGGGAAACAAUUGCUCCAGACCGUAAACAGCUCGGAUCCCGCAGCAAUCGCUGUUUAUGUCAAUCCGUGGACUUUAGCCUCGAUAGAUAUCCAGACAACCGAGCAAGGAUCGCGGCUGAUCUACAACACUCUUGUCAUAAUUCUGAUACUGAUCCAAGAAUUCUUCUACCUGGGAUUCAUCAACGGUCUCUACCAGCAAUUCAAACUUUACACCGCGGUCUCACCCCACCGGAUUGUGAUAGUGCGUCAAAUUAUCUCUGGUCUCUACACGUUCGCCGGGUCUCUAUCUACAGCAGGCGCUAUCUGGGCUUUCCGACAUGGCUGGCAUGUAAACGGCAACCAAUUCGUGCUUACCUGGAUGGCACUCUGGCUCUUCGCUCACUUGAAUUUUCUCGUGCUCGACGUCUUUACUAUCUGGCUCCCGCCUCCACUCGUCCCUAUGGCACUCAUAUCCUGGGUUGUACUGAACGUCACAUCCAUCCUCCUCCCAUUUGAACUUUCGCCGGGAUUCUACAAAGUCGGAUACGCGCUCCCAGCGCAUAGCGUAUUCCAGGUUCUAAUCGAUAUCUGGUCUGGUGGCUGCAACCCCCAACUCAAUUAUGCGCUUCCUGUGAUGUUCGCUUAUGAGAUCGUUAGCAUCGCUCUCAGCUCGAUAGGCGUUUAUCGACGGGCUCAUUAUAGCACUAUCAAACAGGAGGCGGAGGAGAUCUCAUUACAGCAGCGUAUUGAGGCGGCUGUUGCUGAGAAACAGGCGCAAGAAACUAGACCGGAUGCCCUGGAGGGCGAAACGCCUCUCAAUGAGCCGGAGGAAGGUGCUGCUAUGCAACGACGUGGAACUGCGAGUACCAUGGAAGAGAAGGAGGAAUUGGUUGAUAUCAUCCGACGAGAAUUGUCGCGUCCUGCUGAGAGGGCGGAAACUAGUCGCGAGAAUACUGGUCCCUCCUUUUACCUGCCAUUCAAGCAGUGA